AUGGUGGAUAUGUGCUGCCGUAUAUUAUUGUAUUAUAUAUCUAUAUAUAUAUUCACUGCGGUGUCUGACUGUUUUGUCGAGUCGGUCACGAAGAAGUUCGUAGGCCUGCUCACUUUUAUCGGUCUUUGCUGUGUUGCCAUUUGUUGGCAGAUAUCGGGGUUGUUAGGAUCCCUUCGCCUAUUUCUAGUCUAAAAUUGGGGUGGACCGUAGCUGGACUAAUAUCAAUUCUGCGCCGUUGUAGAGGUGCUAUCUCAGUUUGUUCGUGAUUCAGAGAUAUGUUGCUGACACGAAGCAUUUCGUUUCCUGAUGUUUACGUAAACUGUAAUUUUAGAGUAUUUGAUUUUUUUUGCGCUGAAUUGAAGUGAAGUGAUUGUAAAUCUCAUGGCAUGGGCGUUUUGAUUCGCAGUCGAAUGCAUCCUCGGGGAUGGGAGUUGCUGACCACAGCAUGAACACUUUCAUGCAACUGAAGAGGAAAAAAGUUCAUCGCUAUGUGAUAUUCAUGAUCGAUGAAAAGACAAAGGAGGUCGUAGUUGAGAAGACUGGAGACCCUGGGGAAAGCUAUGAUGACUUUAUAGCUUCCUUGCCAGAUGAUGACUGCCGAUACGCAGUCUAUGACUUUGAUUUUGUGACUGAAGAAAAUUGCCAGAAGAGCAAGAUUUUCUUUAUUGCAUGGUUGAUUCUUGCCUCUAACCGGUGCCCAAGUCAUCAUCCAUUAUUACUUUUAUGAUGCCAUUAUGCUCUGCAUGCAUGUUUUUCUUCUAGAUAGGAAAGAUUUGGCUCAACCCAUGUUCUCAGUUAAUGUAAUCUUCGAAUAUCUUAUGCUUUUGCCACUGAUCAAAUUUAUUGUUCUGUUUUUUCUUUCUUUUCUUUAACUUUUAUCCACUUUGUGUUAGUCUAAUCUUUCUUUUCUUUCAACCUGACUGGUCGAUUCGUGUCGGGGUACUGUCUCGGAUUUGAUGGUGCCCCCCUUUUAUCCACUGAGUCAAUCUUUCUAUCAGAUGCUUACUUGUGUGGGUGAAAAGAAACAAAACUCUUAGUUAGUGUGAAAAAUAUGACUUUCAUUUGAGUUAUGGAAAGGGGGAAGAACAAUUUAAUUCUUUUAUGAUUACGUAGAAAUUGUACAUUGCUUUCUUAUACCGAAAACAUUCGUUUGAAAAUGGAAAAAUACCUGUUACACUAGGAUAUUAUCAAUGUGGCAUAGUUUGCAGAUAUUUCUGCUAGAUUACCUUGGUUUCGAUCUCUUUUAUGCUCAUAAGUCGCAUUCGAGGACCAAGGAUCCUGAUGGUGCCCAAUUUUGGUCCUCUACAACAGCGAUCUUGUUCUGAUAUUGACCAGAUUCUACAGUAGCUUAUUGUGAGCACUUCCCUUGAGAAAUGCUGAUGCUGAUAUACUGCACAUAUGUGAAGUUCAAUGCCGGGAUUCAGUCCAUUAGAUUCGGGGAAGAUUGUGUCCAAACAUAAAGAAGCUUCCAAAAGUGAAAUCCUUGUGUCUUCUCAUCUGUGUUUGUCUGUCAUGGUGGGGAGGUGAAAUUCUCUUCUCUACUGAUCCUUCUCUCUCUCUCUCUCUCUCUCUCUCUCUCUCAUAUAUUCCACAUUAUUUCCUCAUCUUGACUUCCCACGCGCUCUCUUCCUCAACAUGAGAUGCCUCGGUUACUUACAAUACCCUUCGCAAUGUUCCGACUAGUGUACUGUAUUCAAAUCAUUAGGUUUACCAUCCAAACGAUUGAUUUCAGAAUGCCAGGGAUUCAACCUGACAAUCAUUACUCCCCGGACAUUACAAAUUGGUCAUUGAAUUUUGCCAACAAGCCAUUGAAUGGAUAUAAAUCAAACCAGGAGGAUCGAUCCCCCGCAUGAACCCUCUUUUUUUUUCUUUUUUUCGUUUUUUCAGGCCUAUCAUCUGCUAGUAUCUGCCUGCAUUGAGCUGUACCCAUCUCUGAUUGCCAUCGGAGAAUUCGAGUGAACUGCUACACAUAUUCGAUAAUGUUCCUCCAUUGAUGAAUGAUUCAUGGCUUGGCUUGUAGACUUUGAUGCCAGUUUUCUCCUUGUUCUGAUGGGCUUCCUCUGCCAGGUCCCCCUCCAUAUCCCGCAUCCGAGCCAAGAUGCUGUAUGCCACAUCCAAGAGCAGAUUCCGGCGCGAGCUUGACGGCGUCCAUUACGAGAUCCAGGCCACCGACCCCACCGAGAUGGACCUGGAUGUCCUCAGAGACCGGGCCCGCUGA